AUGGACUGCGCCCAAACCCCCUCUCCACCUCACAAAGCUCCCACGAAACGGGUGUCCCUGGCGUGUGUGGCCUGCCGCGCCGCACAUGUAAAAUGCAAUGCUAAUAGACCUUGCUCUCGGUGUUCUUUGGACGGCAGUGAAUGCGUCUACACUAAAUCUCGCAGGGGAGGCUUGACCCGGGCGGCUCUGGCGGCACGACGAAACCUGGUGGGAGCUAGUUCUCCUGCUACUGCGCUGGAGUCCGGCAUCAGUAUUGUCUCGGCCUUGUCUGGAAAUAACCAGAGAAAUACAGGAGAAGGGAGAGCACAGCAUCUCGAGACUAUAGGCUCGAACCUCAUCAGUCCCAAUAUCGAUGCCCUCGUCCACCUCUACUACAGACACUUCCACAAAUUCCAUCCCCUUGCUGUCCCCCUUCCGCACCUCGAAAGAUUGUUGACGAUGGGCACCACCAAGCUGAACUUUCACCCAUUGCUCGCCGUGAUGCGCUUCAUCGGCUCACUGUAUGCCCACUCAGUCAACACCGACGUGCUGAAAGCAAUUGCGACUGACGCUAUCCUCGAACUGUCGUCGCAAACCCCACCGAGCCCUGUCCUGGCACAAUGUUAUCUCUUGCAGUCGAUUUCCCUUCACUGGUGUGACGAGCUGGACCGAGCACAGGAAAUGAUGGACGCUGCGAUUCGUAUCGCCCUUCAACUUUCCAUGAAUCAGGCCGACUUCGCUGUGGACCAUGGCGAGGGUGACCCGGUCAUCGAAGAGAGCUGGAGGAGGACGUGGUGGCAGAUCUACAUCGUUGACGCCCACUAUGCAGCCAUAAGGCAUGCUCCGACUUUUACAACCAACGAGGUGGAAAUGACGACGGAACUACCCUGUGAUGAGGAGGGAUACGAAUCGGGGAUCAUUCCGACCCCUUGGACGCUUGCUGAUUUCGAUACCCGCGAGUUUGCAUCUGAUGAUAUCGUUUUGCCAUCUUUUGCCUAUCUUAUCGGCGCCGUCCGUGGGAUCGCAUCCUCAAUAAGCAGAUUCCUGGCAACUGUGGCUAGAUCGGGGGAUUCGUUGAGCGUCUUUGAGGUCGUAGACGUUGCCAUUGACGGGUGGUUGCUCUCGCUCCCGGAAACGAAGCAAGUCACUGCAUCUGCUGGAGGCGAAAUUGACGAACAUAUGUUCCAAGCACAUAUGGCGAUUCACGCUGCCACCGUGGGAUUCCACAGAGCGUUAUCGGAGCUCUCUUACAAUCCUCUGGAGUAUUCAUCCAGCUGCUCAGCAGACCCUCCCGAAGUCUCGCCUUGUUCCGAGCAAGCUUUCCGGGGGAUUCACACCGCCCGUUGUCUCAGAUCCAUAGACUGUGUGGUGCGACUUCUUGCGAUGUCUACGAAGCCCGCAUACCAUACGCCGUUCACGGUCUGCAUGGUCUCCUCCGUCAUCGUCGCACAUUUGUCUGCGUGUAAGUUUCUUCUGACGGGGCGAAACUUGGCCGUGGCUCGCGACCAGAUCCGUAUGUGCAUUGGCUGUCUCCGACCCUUUGCUCCGGUGUGGCCACUAGCCCGCAGGACUCUGCACGAGGUUCAGAUCAUUGCCAGAGAGGUAUUGGGCCUCAAUCACGCGCAACAAGGACCUGGAGUCAUGGACUCAAGCGCGAUGGAAGUCGGCUCUCAUCAAGCCGCUAUGCUUACAAUGGAGACUCCGGUCAACUUCCUGAACUAUCUCAAUUUUGACGAUCUGCAACUGUCGUCAUUAUCUUGGCUUCCGGCUGAUGGAUAG